AUGAGUGCUUAUGCUGCUUUCUUUUCCAAUGACGAGGACGAUCCGAAGUACGAGAUCCCCUUCCAUAAUAGUGUCUUACUGAAAGAGCCAGUCUCUUGCUCAAGUUUCCGUUUGUCAAUUGAAAACUCCAUCCAUACAAGCUCUUCAAUCUUCUUGGGUCUCAGAUGCGAUGAUUACAUUGUUGUCAAUGGAUCUUUUGAACUUCGGGUUCUUCGAGGAGGCUGUUUGUUAAACAAUGCACAUCAUAUUGAUGAAAAUGAUGCUCACAAAAUCAUUACUUCCAAUUUCCAAUCCUCUCCUGUCAUAUGUUCAACGAAGUCACGACUAAAUAUGAGUACAUCACGACUCCUUCCCUCUUUUGAUACAGUAAUCGAAUUACGAAAUCUCGACACUGGGAUUGAAGGUAUCAAUGAUAUACUUGAUGGCAUCAGCCCAAUGUACUAUACCCCUACAACUAAUUACACUUUCGAGUUAGUUCAUGAAGAAAGGGAAACGGUGUUUGGUAUUUAUUAUGAUGCGGCUACAACAAAACUUCUCGACAGUCUAAGUGCUUCUUUAUGCAAGAAGUCAGAGCCGCCCCAAUCUGUUCUUAUCUUCGGCGCCAGCAACUGUGGGAAGAGCACCUUUGCCAAAGCCUUAUGCAAUAAUGUUGUAAAGACAACGCAGAAUCCCAUCGCGUUAAUGGAUCUUGACCCUAGCCGCUCCGAAUUGUCUGUUCCUGGGUGCUUAUCCUUAACGGUUAUCGAUGAACCAAAUUUCGGCAGUUUCUUUCCCAGCCCAUGGUGCUACGACAAAGAGAACGAUUUGCAGUAUUACUUUGGGUUUGGAUCGCCGCUCGAUCAGCCCCUAAGAUUUUGCCAAGGUUUGAGGACUCUCCUCGACCAUUAUAAUGACCAUGUUUCGCCCAAAGGCAUUCCUCUCGUGAUCAACACACCAGGAUGGACCCGUGGAUUCGGUAGAGAGUUACUUGAGGAAAUUUUAGACAACAUAAGUCCCUCACAUCUGGUUUAUUUCAGUCACAACAAUGCGAUAAACAUCGAUAAUUAUGAGCCAGAUAUGUUUGAGGCGCAAGAUAACCCUGACGAUGAGAUUUUGGCAGGCUUUAGCUUUUCUAAGAUAACCACUCUUCGUGGUGUGAGAAGAGUGUCAGGCUUUACGCAAUCACAGUUGCAGAUGCAUGAUAAGAUGGUGUACUUUCACCAACGUAAAGUGGGAGCUUUUGAUUUCAGUGACCGCCUUCUUUCCAGAUCACCACUUAGAUUGAACUACGAAAGAAGCGGUGACAUUACGAAUCCUGCUUUCGUAGGUGCCUCUGCUAUAAGCGUGCUUGAUUACGAAAUGGACAGCAACGUUAAUCCAAGAGAUAUCAAACUAUUGGUGGACUCCUGUGUGAUGGCCAUGUGCUUGGUGGAAGAAAAAUCGUUCACGGCCCAUGUCUUACCCGAGAGGCACGAGUUCAAAGGGCUUCCGCGAGUUUUUCAUGGUUCUUCUAUCUCUCAUAUGAAUCCACGCUUUCUUUCCCUUUGCAUUAUCCAGUCCAUAAAUACGGAGGAAGGCUUCUUCAACGUGUACGUUCCGGGGGAUCCCAGUCAGUUAUCAACUGCUAUACUAGACGCUGCAGACUCCAGACUAGUUUUGGUGCGGGGAGAAGGAGAGAUCCCAAAAGCAGAAAUCCUACAUCCGAGACUUUUAGGACGCAACUUACCAUAUGUGGAUUUCGAAACCAGAGCUAAGAUAGGCGGCGUAUGGAAAAUCCGUCAUAACAUUCGCCGGAAAAACCAGCAGUAG